GUAACCUAUUAACCUUCUCUGUUCUACUCUCUUCACUUCCCUUCAUCAAUGGCUUCUUCAACCAAAGAGAUAGACAGAGAACUUCCACCUCUUCUCCGUGUCUACAAAGAUGGAACAGUUGAACGUUUCUUAGGCUCUAAAAUCGUACCACCAAUCCCUCUUGAUCCUGAAACAGGUGUCUCAUCAAAAGACAUAACCUUUUCACAAAACCCAUUAAUCUCUGCACGUAUUCAUCUUCCAAAACUCACCAACCAAACUCAAAAGCUUCCAAUCUUAGUUUACUAUCAUGGUGGUGCUUUUUGUCUUGAAUCAGCUUUCUCUUUUCUUCACCAACGUUACCUUAACAUCAUUGCUUCACAAGCAAAUGUUCUUGUUGUUUCUGUUGAAUAUAGACUUGCACCAGAACACCCUCUUCCUGCUGCAUAUGAUGAUGGUUGGUUUUCUCUCAAAUGGAUCACUUCUCAUUCCAUCAACAACAUCAAUAACGCUGAACCAUGGUUAAUCAAAUACGGUGAUUUUGACCGUUUUUACAUUGGUGGUGAUACUUCAGGUGCAAAUAUUGCACAUAAUGCACUUCUUCGUGUUGGUAAUGGUGUUGAAACUUUACCUGGUGAUGUGAAAAUUAGAGGAGCAUUACUUGCUUUUCCUUUGUUUUGGAGUUCGAAGCCGGUUUUGUCAGAAUCAGUUGAAGGGCAUGAACAAAGUUCACCUAUGAAAGUAUGGAAUUUUGUGUAUCCUGAUGCACCUGGUGGGAUUGAUAACCCUUUGAUCAAUCCUUUGGCUAUUGAUGCUCCAAGUUUGGAUAUUAUUGGUUGUCCUAAGAUAUUGAUUUUUGUUGCUGGGAAUGAUGAUUUAAGAGACAGAGGGAUUUGGUACUAUGAUGCUGUUAAGAAAAGUGGUUGGAAAGGUGAUGUGGAACUUGUUCAUGUUGAAGGUGAAGAACAUUGUUUUCAGAUUUAUCAUCCUGAAACUCAGAGUUCUAUUGAUAUGGUCAAACGUAUUGCUUCUUUUCUUGUUUGAUUUGAAGAGGGUCAUUAGGUAAUUUUAUUGUUGAUUUUUGUAAUAAAUUGGAGAUGGGGUUGCUGAAUUCAUGAUCAAUUUUAAUUAUCCUGUUUUGUUUAUAUGGGAUAUUCAAUUCAAUGAAUUUCAUAUUUGUCUUUUAUACUGCAAUCACGACAAUCAUGAUAUUGGUGUACUUACUAUUUUUAUUAUAGUGUAAUAAAAAAAAAGUUAAUUUAGUCACAAAUUUGUAUUCUUCUGUAA